AGGAUAUUGUGUUGGACGGUCUUGGGACAAAAUCAUGGACGUGCGGACGUGGGGCCAACUAGAUUCUAGAAUCUAGACCUACUUGUCUGCAGUUCGGCACGGGAUUUUAAUUUAGGCUUAGUGUCUCAAUUUUGUUUGUGUUAAACAGCGACAGAGAAACAACCCUACUGAAAUCGAGGACAAGAGCAUGAUGAAUUACACCUAAGUGGAAGAAUGAUGAUGAUUGAGACAUUUUGUGACAGGAUGUGGCUGUGUUUGUUCGUCGCCCUCCUCUCUGGACUCGGAGUUGAAGGAUUUUUUAUGAACGCAAUUUCAGCCACUGAUAAACCACGUAAAGGUCCCCUGAAGAAUGUGACCAACAUUACCACGGUAAUGGAUACGGUCAGCAGUACGUUGACCGUCUCGUGGAAGCCCGGGGAAACUUAUCUCAAGGACAGCGAGGUUAAGACGCUGGUGGACUGGAGCCCCCAAGCAAAACCUGACUCGAGCCCUGGGAAUGAGUGCACCCCUCAGAGCAGCACCUCCUGUAACGUCACGUUGAACGGCCAAAGCAUUCUCUACCUGCGGUUCAACGUAACGCUGGACAAACUGAACAAACGGCCACAUGCCCGAGAUCUCAAUUCUUCGCUUGACCCUUGGGCAGUGAGUGAGAUCAGGCUGAAGCCCUACGAUCAUAUUCAACCUCAGCAGCCGUCACGUUUCCACAGCGCGUGGGAGAACAGCACGUGUGUGGGUCUGGCGUGGGUGGAGGACCCGUACUUCCUCAACAACAAGUCUGCAUCACUCUACAGAGUGUCGGGGAAGAGGAAGGAGGACCAAGACAUGCAGACGCUGGUGCCGGAAAUGGAGCGGGCGUACAGCGGCGAUGUGGCGCGCGCGACUCUCUGCGGCCUCUUGCCCUACUCUGAGUACACCCUGAGGCUGAGCGUGAAGCCGAUUGGUUCGGGCUACUGGAGCACCGAGGCGGAAGUGCGCACGCAGACGGAGGAAGACAUUCCUCUUCGGGGCCCUCCUAUCGAGUCGAACAGCUUCCUCAGUGAGCCAUGUGACCCGGUCUCCAACACUAGACAAGUGCGCCUGUACUGGAAAACGAUGGCGAAAGACGUGGUGCGAGGGGAGCUGACCCAAUAUGUGGUGGAGAUUCCGGCUUUGGACCGGUCGAUCCCUGCAGGCCCUGGGGUCAACUUCCUGGAUGCAGACGACCUGCCCUGCGCCCAGAGUGUGUCGGUCGCCAUCUUCGCCAGGAAUAACAAGAGCAUCUCUUUGAAAUCGUCCAUCUUUGAGGUUCCGGCUGAUGGCGAGGAACUGGCUAUACCUGAGAAUUUUGACGUGCGGGUCGAGAAAGAAAUCCUGGAGAAAGAGAACCGGAGCACCGGCCAGGUGCAGGAUUUGAAUGUGUCCUGGAGACCUUUGGACACUGCGGGCGCCAAGCUGCGUUUUUACUUCUGCGAGAAGAGUGGCCCGAAAACUUGUUUUGAAGACUUUGGGUCUGAGAGUGCGAACGCGUCGGCCGGGUCGAUGCGGGUGAAGCGUGUCGACUCCAAGGUCAACCUGUUUGGGUACGCCCUGGAAGAUGGAGGCGGACGAGUGCGGGGUGUGGUCUGGACCGGCUGUGUCGCUGACUUGGGAGAAGAGACGGACCAGGGUUUGCCAGUUUGGGCUUUCGUGUUGCUGGUUGUGGGAAUCUUGGCUUUGAUCGUCGUAGCCUGGUGUUGUUGGCGAUACUUUAGACGGAAACAGCAUUUUUCAAAGCUAAGAAAAGCUGAGGAUUUUAAUAUCAUGGGUGAUGCCCAAGAAAAUCCAAAGUAUACGCAGCAAGUGAGCAGCGAGAGUGGGGUCUUCUCUGGCAGCUCAGGCAGCAAAGGUUCGAACCAGAUCCCAGUGCCACCUCAGACCAGCCCUCCGAGCAUCCUGCUCUCUUUGCGAGUGGACAAAGACCAGCUUCCCUCGCCCACCCGGUCCAUGGGCGGGAUCUCGGAGACACCGCUGCUGGCCACACCGUCGAGCGAGGACCCCCGCACAGACACAACGGACGUCAGCUCUUGGGAGGGUUUGUCCUCGGCUGCCCGUGCUGCUGCUCCUGCCUCUUCCUUCCCCUCCUCCCCCUCCUCUCCCUCCUCCCCCUCCUCUCUGGCGGGGGCUGUCCCUAGCCUGGAUCAUCACCCUAGCCGUAGUCACGCGACUACCGUUCCCCCGAGGGGGCCGUUGGCGAGUGGUCACAUGACUACCGUUCCCUCCAAGGGGGCAUCGGCGGCCACUGGUAUGGACCGACGUAAGAACGAGUUGGAGGACGUUGCGGAGCACCAGAGUUCAAAUCCCAGUUGGGGAGGAGGAGGAUCCCAGUCUGCCAGUUCGAGUGGGGAGCCCAGGAGUCUGGACUACGUGGACCACAGAGCCACCUCGACCAGAGGGGGGCACGCUCACUCGCGCGAGUCGCUCUCCCUGGCUCGGAACGAGAACUGGAGGAAUGAGUGGAAAGGUCCAUCAAGAAAUCUCGACGGUGGUUUAGCUGGCCGUGUAGGCAGAGAUGGAAGCCCUUUGGAUUCGGGCAGCUCGCGGUCUACCGAUCUGUCGGACGAGAAAUCCUUGGGAGAAGUGACGGGCAAUUUGCCGGAAGAUCGUAAUGGAUAUGUGGAGAGCGGUGCCCUGUCUGGCGAGAGAUCUCCGCUGUCUGCCGAUUGGCCAGCUCCGAACAUUGGCCUGGAUGGGAGCAGGUGUCUCGGCAAGAGCAAUAACUCUAUCGCAGGAAAUGAAGGCCAGACGCAGGCACUCUUGGAAGAUGGCGGAAAGGCGAAGGGCAGUGGCAGCGGCAAUGGCAGUUCCACAUCGGGCAGUGAUGGGAGCCUGGAGGCUUACAGUGAAAUCUUACCUGACACCCUGCGUGGCACCGACGUCAGACAUGACACUGACGUCCAACCUGGCGCUGACAACAGUAGCCUCAUACGGGAGCCCCCUGACCCCAUCUCUCUCCUGACCGGCGACCCACCCCGUGCCCCUCGCGUCGCUGCCGAAGUGGAGGUGGCGGAGGAGGAAGUGGACGAAGGCUUCCUGUCGUCCAGCGUGCAAGACGACCACCCGCCACCCUCGUUUCCCAACGUCUUCUACGUGGUGGGCCAGCCGACCAAUUUCCCUCCUGGUGUGAUGGAAACGUGUAGAGGAAACGACGCGUCUAGCCUGGUGUGUCCCGCGAGUUUUGCCGCUAAAGCUCCGCUUUCUACUGGCGGGGGCAAAGUCGGAGAAGAUUUAUCUCACGCAGACAUCGAUAGUGGCAACAGCAACAACAGUGGCGGAGGUGGCGGUUUCACGUCAGAUUACGUACAGAGCUCCCAUUGUCUUCCUGUUACCAGUUUGUCUUCCAACAGGGUCGGCUCGGGAUACUUCCAAUCUGAGGACCUUCCCGGUAGGCGGACUUCCUCGAAACCCCAGAAUUUCGCCACUACCUCUGCCGCUUUGGCCCCCCCUCACGGUUCAGAAAUGAUUCCGCUUCAAGCUUUAGAAGAUGUCCCACAGGGUCAGGCCGCGGUUCCCAAACCGUGGGGACAGGGUGAAGGUCGUGCUGGUGAGGGUCACCAUGAAGCAGGUCAUGGAGGUGGUGGGGUGGAUAGCGAGCCUGGCGCAUUGAGCGUGUGGCCUCCGACAGACUAUUUGUCGUAUCAGUCGGCAGUCGGCGGGGACGUAAGGGGGACAAGCGCUGACACUAUGCGGGGCGCAGUUAGUCCUCAGGAAGCUCAACCGCUGGAUGGUGGAGAGAUCAGCGACGACUACAAACAAGUCUCAUUUUUGGAGACCGGUGGUGAACAGGCUAAUACUAGAGAGGUCGAUGGUGACUACAAACAAGUCUCUUUUUUGGAGACUGGUGGUGAACAGGCUAAUAAUAGAGAAGUCGAUGGUGAACAGGCGAAUAGAGAGGUCUUGGCUAAUAACCAAGAUCCCUCGCUGUUGGGAGCUGAUGAUGGCUACAAAGACGCCUCUUUUUUACAGGGCAAAAGCGAGUGUUAAGAGGUUUUAAUUUUUGCAAAUGACCAUCGUUCACAGAUCUGAUUAAUUUGCAGAGUAAUCGGCAAUUUUUAGAGAAAUGAUUAUGUUUGUUUUAAUUGCCAGUGUUUAAGGGUCCCUGGGGCAGUGCCACUGACUGUAG